AUGCAUGGGAACGGGAGAGAUGGCCCCUGUUCGGGAGGGUGCAAGAGUGGCGGCGGCAAUGGUACCGAGGAAUCAGACAGCGUACGUGCCGAGGAUGCUACCACUCGGGAAGUUGCCAUAGGCGCCCAGUGUUACCGAUGUAACACUCGUAAGGCAACGUUGCUAACCCGUAAGGCGUCCUGUAAGGACUGUUUCGUCGAGGUGUUGCGCCGGAAUUUCGCAUCGAAUCUGCGGACCCGCUGCAUUAAGCGGGUGGAGAGGGCACAACCGAUGAUACUGCUGAUUGGAGGAGAUGCGUUCUCCACGUCGAUGCUGCAUCUGCUGCUGGACCGCAACAAGCGCCGCUAUUUGCGGGUAUCGCAAGUCCCUGAAGACAGUGACGUGGCGUCGCGUAUCUUCGCAUCGGACGACCUGUCAGUGGAGAGCGUGCUGUCGCUCGACUACCAUGUGGGGACCACCGGAAGUUUCGCUGAACGCUCGGAGGCGUUCUUCAAGCACGUUACGGCGGUGGCCAACGUGGUCGGUAACUCCAGCGAGGCAUACCAACCGCUGCCAAAGAUUGAUAACGCCAAUGAGCGCGUUUUGUUAGGCGGUGUGAGGCUCUCCCAUCUGCCGAUUUGUUAUUAUUUGCACGAAGGAGAUACUUCGUGUGACGGUCGAUGCGAUUCGCUGAAGGAGAGUCUGUCGCGAAUGCAUGACGGAUUGCUUUGCGACGAGUUGGCCUACUCUUUGGACUUGUUGAGUACACUUAACCUACGCGCGUAUAUCCAACGCAGAGAUCUCACUGGUGCGCUUGUGUGCGCCUGUGACACCCAGGAGAUUAUUGCGCGGCGUGUGAUGAUGCUAACGUGUUUGGGUGCCGGCGACCGCGUGGCGUACCGGAGUGCAUUCGUAGACGAGCACACUUUGGCGGAAUGCGGGCGAAUUAUUCGGCCGAUGAAGGCCUUUUCUGGCAAGGAAGUGGCGUUGUACCACCGACUCAACGGUCUACCUUUGCUGCCGUCUUUGGAUCUCUACUGGCACGGGAGCCCCCAGUCCAGCAUAUUGGGCUGCGUCAACGAGUUGAUCUCGACCAUCACGUCCGCCCACAGCAGCACGCUGCACAACAUUUGUAAUGUAGUGGAGAAGCUGGUUCCCGCGUUCCCCGAUCGCGUGUCUGCGGCGCAGCCUGUCGAGUCUGCGGAGGCGCCAUGUACCCCUCGGACGCAAAGGUAG